CCACAGCAACUGCAACAGCAAAGGCAACUUUAGCCAGGGAAAAAAUCGCCGCUGGUGCAUGGGUCAAUAUCAUAAUCUGAGGCAGCAACAAGUCGUAGAAGACAGCAAGAGGCAGCAACUCGCGUCAUAAAUCAAAGCGACGCAAUUUGCUGCUGACGAACUGCGCGAAACGGCAACAGCAGCAACAACAAGCAGCAGCAACCACAACAACAACAACAACACAAGCAAUGCCAUUAUUGUUGGCAACACUUGGUCAGCAACAGAUGCAGCCACAGCUUCAGCUACAGCAGCACCACAAUUCCCAUCGUCAACACUUGGAGCCGACAGCAAUGUUGUUGCUUGACUCUGCAGCAAAGACAACGACAGCAACAGCAGCAGCAACAGCAACAACUCUGCCAGCAAUGGCAGCAGCAACAACAACAACAACAACAAUCUCAAGUCGAGCAGGUGUUAAUGUUCAAAUUACUAGCAAAGGCGUUGCUCGCACUGAGACUUCAGUCAAUGAUCAACUGCCAGCAGCCGCAUCUGUUAAUUAUGCCGCUUACGUCGCCCAUUUGAAUGGCUUUAACCCCACCACCAGCCACAAGCCAAGCACAAAGCAACAUCAUCAUAGUCCACCCCAUACACCCACUCGCCACGUUAAGCACAACAACAACAACAACACACACAACAACACAUUUGAAAGCAUGCUGCGACAGCCACAGAUUCAAGUCAAGCAAGAGUUCAUGGAGCUGAUGGAGCACAGCAACAAUCAUAGUCACAACAGCAGCAAACAUUCGGCGCCGCCGUCUCUGUGCCUGCCAUCAAACGGGGCAAGCUGUCGCACGAAAACAAUGCUAAAUCCCUGGUAUUUGAGGCCAGUCGCAGGAUAUCAUAAUUAUAAUAACAACAACAUUAACAACAAGGACAACGAAUUGCUUUCCUAUGUGACAGCCAGUCAGACAACACUCCCCCCGCAGUUCCUCGCAGGCAUCGGUCUCGAUGUGGCAGGAGUCGGUGUCGAAUCGCAGACAUGUCUGCCAUAUUUUGGCAUGGAAAUGCCGACAACAGCAGCAUCCGUCACUGCCAAAGCGCACAAAUCGCUGCCGGACUUUCUGAUACCACUGCAUGAAAUUAUGUUUCAACAUCAUUAUCAACAACAGCAGCAACAACAGCAACAACAACACAGGCAGCCAGUGGCAACAACAGCAAGUACAAUGGGCACAUUAAUUAAUAGUCUGCCGAGCUUGGCGUAUGCCAAAACAGAGACAUUUGCCAGCGCCAGUUUGUAUGCUACAAAGUCAUUAACCCCACAGCAACAGCAGCAACAACAACAGUCACUAAACGUGCCACUUGCCACACGUCCCCACCACCACAAUGGCGGCGAGCAUCUGUUCGUGCGUCACUUUCACGAACGAGAUCGUCUCAUACGCGAGCAUCAACUGCAGCAGCAGCGACUGCGUGAUUUUGCCGACGAGCAAGAGCAAGAGUUGGAGCUAGAACAGGAACAGGAUGUGAACAACAACAAGGAUGCAGAGGAACAGCAACAACAACAACAACAGCAGCAACAGCAGCAGACGAAUUCCGUCUCGCAGUUGGAGUCGAAUGGCCAUAACAAUCAUUGGCAUGGUGUCGUCUAUGAUGGCAAUGGCAAUGCCAUGACAGCAACAACACCAGCAACAACAACAACACCUUCAGCAACAGCAGCAAGUACACAACACAAGAGUCAAACGUUGGCAGGAGAUGCAGUUGCCACCUUUGCUUCCACUCCGUCUGCUGCUCAUAAGGAGUCAAAUAUUUACGAGCCUGCCAAGCAGCAGCAACAACAGCAGCCAAAUGGUCAACUCUGUCGCAAUGGCAACUCUGGCAGCCCCACAAUGAACAAAGUUUUGCGACACAUGUCCAACUCACCGACACCGCCAUCACCUCUGCGAUCUCUAUCAGACUGCGGCAAAAGUUACAAAGAAGAAGAAGAGGAGGUCGAGGAGGAACACGAGCAAGAAUAUGCUGAAAACUUGAGCCGCAAACGCAACGCUGGCCAAUUGGAUGCGGCUCUCGAGGAUGAAGUGCUCAAUCUGGCACGCAGCGAAUCACCACCGUCCAAGCGCUUGGCUCUCGAUGCCCCACCAACGGCAACAGCCACACCAACAGCCCCCCAGCAACCACAACAUGUCGCAGCAGCCGCUGCCAUGUCUGCCAUGGGUUUGCCUCCGAUGGCCUUUGGGCCGGAGGACAUGCAACAAGCGUUGCAAUUGCAGCUGCACAGCUACAUUGAAAUGGUCCGUCAACUGGCGCCCGAUGCAUUCCCCAAUCCCAAUCUUGCCACACAGUUUCUGCUGCAAAAUUCGCUGCAGGCGCUCGCACAAUUCCAAGCGCUGCAGCAACUGAAACAACAACGAGAGCAGCCGCCGCUUAAUGAGUCCAUCUCUCUGCCUCCCGCUCGCCAUUAUUCCACACCUGUCAGCAAAUCGCCUCUGCGCAGCCCAUCGCUGUCGCCUGUGGCACGUUCCAACGAUCAACAGCCGCAGCAGCAACAUCAGCGAACGCCGCCCAAUUCACUAACUGCCGCUGUUGCAAUGGGACUGAGCAGCGCUGUGUUGACGCCAAAUACGCCGAGCAUGCAACAUCAAGCAUCCGGAGCAUCAGCGAGCACGCCCAAACCCAUGUCAAGUGGCGCCACAGUGGCCGCUGUGAUGGCCACUAAGUUGGAGCAGUCACCUGAAGAGACCACCGAUCUGGAGGAGCUGGAACAGUUUGCCAAGACCUUCAAGCAGCGUCGCAUUAAGCUGGGUUUCACCCAAGGUGAUGUGGGAUUGGCCAUGGGCAAACUCUAUGGCAAUGACUUUUCGCAGACGACAAUCUCGCGCUUCGAGGCGCUUAAUCUGAGCUUCAAGAACAUGUGCAAACUGAAGCCGCUGCUGCAAAAGUGGCUCGAGGAUGCGGACAGCAGUGUGGCCAAAUCCGGCGGCGGAGUCUUCAACAUCAACACCAUGACCACGAAUUUGGCCAGCACACCUGAGAGCAUCUUGGGGCGGCGACGCAAGAAGCGCACUUCGAUUGAGACGACAAUUCGCGGUGCCCUCGAGCAGGCUUUUGUGCUGAACUGCAAACCCACCUCGGAGGAGAUCAAUCAGCUGUCCGAGCGCCUCCACAUGGACAAGGAGGUGGUUCGGGUUUGGUUCUGCAAUCGCCGGCAGAAGGAGAAACGCAUCAAUCCCUCACUGGACCUGGACAGUCCAACAGGCACACCCCUGAGCAGUCAUGCCUUUGGCUAUCCACCCCAAGCACUUAAUAUGUCCAAUGGUCAUGCGUUGCUCGAGGCGAGUUCGUUUUGCGGCAGCUCAAUUAGUUCUGGCGAAUAAGCUGUUCCUCUGAUCAGCUCUUGUACAUAGAAAGAUACCUCCAAAUCUUCCACACACAUUCCACACACAAAACUGCAUAUCGUUCCCUUUUAUGCUCCCCCCUUAGGUGAUAGCGAGUCGUAUCAGAAGAAUCCAUUACGAAUUUACAAGUACAUAUGCAUAGAUUAUGUUAAGCACUGUAUUGGAUCUACGUAGAGUUCCUAGAGUUUCCAUGUAGUCAACCUAUAUAGAAACCCAACUAAAUACUAUCGAUAACUGUUGUGUGUACGUAUGUGUCCAGCAUGCCAAUCUAUCAAUAUAUACUAUACUUUACUAUAUAUUUAAUAUAAAAUAACACCCUAAUAAUAAUGAUAAGUCUAUGUAAUAUACCUACAACUUUACCUAUACUUAAACCUACCACAUAAAGAUGUUGUUGUACGAUGUCCAAUUGUAAAUUGAUCUUAAACUCUUAGAUCUAACAUAAAACA